GUUUCUGAUUACCCUUGAAAGCAGCAGAUCCUUCGCAAAGCUAGUAGGCAGGGCGACACCUUCAUCCUAAGGACAGUGUGUUGUUUUAGGGUGUUCAUUGACGGGUUGCUUCUCUUUGCUGCACAAAAUGCUCAACUCACAGAGAUCCCUGUCUGAACUGCCCAAGAUGUCCGCUGCCAGUCAAGUGGAGAGAGCUGUGUUGGAGGAGGAAUUCAACUGGCUGCUCAAGGAAGAAGUGCAUUCUGUCCUAAAGCAACUCCAGGAUGUCCUCAAGGAGGCUUCUAGACGUUUCUCCAUGCCGACACCGGGUCUGGAAAGUCAGCUCAAACAGGAAAACUUCAUCCUGGGAAGCUCAACCAUGGAUCAGGUGAAGGGGGUGCUGACUCUGCAGGGAGAGGCUCUGACUCAGGCCGACAUAAACCUAAAGGUUGCCAAGAGCAGCCAAGCGCUGCACUUUCAGUUCAGAGAGGACAAGCAGUGGAAACUGCAGCAGAUCCAGGAUGCCAGGAACCAUGUAAACCAGGCUCUCCAGCUGCUGAGCAGCCAUGAUGAGAGCUACCACUUCAAGACAGGCGCUGAAGUUAAUAAGCUCAUGGAUGCAGUGAUGCUCCAGCUGACACGAGCUCGAAAUCGCCUCACCACGCCGGCCUCCAUGACGCUGCCUGAACUGGCCACCAGUGGUCUGAUGAAAAUGUUCACUCCUCCUAUGCCCGGGGAUGUGAUGGUGAACUUCUACAUCAACUUAAGCAAACUGUGUCUGACUGUGUACCAGCUGCAUGUGCUGCCUCCCAACACCACCAAGAAUUUCAAGCCAGCUGGGAGCUCAGUGUUGCACAACCCUGGAGCAAUGUUCGAGCUCAACAACAACCGCUUUGAAGUGAGCCACGUUCACAAGGUGGAGUGUGUGGUGCCUUGGCUGAAUGACACGCUGGUAUUCUUCACCAUCUCGCUGCAGCUCUGUCAGCAGCUCAAGGACAAGAUUUCAGUCUUCUCCAGUUUCUGGAACUACAGACCUUUUUAAUCCACCACCCGUCUAUCCUCCAGACGCUGGUCGGACACAAACUAACCAAGUCUAAGGGACAUCCUGGGAAGGUUUUUAUUUUUUGUUUAUAAAUUUAUCAUCCAGUCAUUCAGUUUCAAGUGUUGCAUGAUUAGCCGAAGGAGCCAAUCAAAAAAAACAAAAAACCCCAACAGAUACAAACGUUUGCCAUUCCCAGUUGUGUUAGCUUAGCCGGGUGACACAUGUAUUGCAAUUCCCAGCACUGACUUGAACUUCUCAAUGAAUGAAUGUGAUUGUUGCUGAUUUAUCUUUAGAAUUUAUUUUUUUGUUACACUAAAGCAAUUUAGUACUUAUUGAGUAUUUAUCCCAAAGGCACUCAGGGUUGGAAAGCAGCGUUGCAAAAAGGUCGCAGGGGGGGGUGUUUGUUUCUUCUGAAAUACUUCAAGUUCUUUCACAGCACUUUUUUUUUGCAUUCCCUUACAAUAUAAUCCUACUGUUUUCACUCACAGUUUUCAAAAAGGCACCUCAUUUACAAAGUCAGUCAUGGUUAGCCCUACUUAGCGGUGUACAGUGCCCUGUUUGGGAGCUUGGGGGACAUUAGAAGGCACUUUAUCACGUUGUCUUGCCUAUCGGGCCACCGAAAGGAAACUUAAUCAUGUUUUAUCUAGCACAGAGGCAUCCAAGAGGGCACGCUUUUGAGUCCGCUAGGGCAAAUUUCUAAUACAAACUGGAGGCGUGGGGGGUAAAAGAAGGAACGUCUAACAAAGACAUCUCAGAGUUGCAUUAUGGGAUUUGUAAGAGAAGAAGUGUUUUUGAAACUUGACCUAUGUUAGACACUAAAAGUCAGGAUAGCUUAGCCUUUAUUGCACAGAUUUUGACCAUUCCACUUAUUUAUUUACCUGUGUGUUUAAAUCUCUGUCUUUACAGUACACCCAUCUGCACUAAUCAAGAUGUCCAGAAUACUGUAUCUUCCCCUGGAAGAGAAACCCACUUAUUCUGAGGGUUCGGGUAGUUCGGUAAUUCAGUAAUUAUUCUUAUGAGGUCUGUAGCUCAAGUUUAGAGUGCUAGGUGUUAUGCAGACAAAGAAAAGUUUUGUAAGGUUAAAGACGAUAGGAGGUCCUGUGAGCUGUGAGAGGAUGCAGUAGCAUUAUAUAAACAUUUCCCACCGUGACCUUUUACGGGAUGCAAACAUGUUUCCUCAUUCACUGACAGUACAGUAUCUCCUGUGACCCAGUGCCAAUGUCUGCCCUUCCUCACUCUGACACUUGGUCCCCUCCCCCCACCCACUAAAUCAGGGGGUGUUUGUGAAUCCUAGCUCUUUAUGUGUCUGGUGGCAGCUAAUGUAGCCAGUGGGUUACAGAGAUUUGAUAAGGUUUGUUUCAAAAGUGUUUGUUUCAUUGUCAAACUACUCUUUGUUUGCUGAAUCAAGUGACAUCACACGUGGACAUGCUUUACACAGCGCCCUCUGGAGGCACUAAAGGCUUUACACUACUUCUUUUACAUAUCCAGACACUUAGAAACACACUUUGACGCAGAAAAAGAGCAAAACACUGUUUGAGGGAAUAACCCAUAACAGAGCAGGAAAAAAGAGCAAAGCUGAUCACACGGGGGACGUCAAAUAAAUCCCAUAAUAAAUCACGUGGGAUGAACGGUAGAGAUGUGAAUGAUGUGAACAACCUGUGAGCAUUCAUGUUGUCCAGAUGGUGUUUAAUUGCAAUGAAUUACAGUUUGUUUGGUCUUUAGGCACUUCUGUAUUAUUAUGUACCAAGUCUGAUUUAACUGAGCUUUCAGAAAAGUCUGAGUUGCCAAGCCGUAAUUACAACUUGGGUGUUGACGUGAAUGGAAUUAGCUUUGAUAUGACUUUGAUGUGGCAUUAGGGCAGACAUUGGGUUUGGGCCGGUACUUUAUAUUUUUCAUACUUUUAUUUGAUCUGUUUUUGUUUGUUUUUACUUUUUUGUUCAUUGUCGCAUUUGAUUUAAAUGACACACACACAUAUGUCUAAAUAAUAAGCUACUUGUCAUGUUUUGAUGUAAUCUUCUGUCUGCUCUGUGUUUGUAUUUAUUUGACAUGUUUUGCAUGUUUGUCGUUGAUUCCCUGUGAACCAAACACUAAACCAAUCAAGAACAAAUGACUUCUUUCAGUAAAGUGUUAAUCCAUUCUGAAAAGCUGCCUAUCAUAUAAAAUGUGGAAAUUAUUUAUCUGAUAUCCGUGCAAUAAAUAUAUUGUAAACAGUGA